AUGUCUACAAAAGAUGUUUUGAUCGUCGGGGCGGGACCAACAGGACUUGUGUUGGCCCUCUGGCUUCAACGACAAGGAAUCAGCUUUCGCAUUGUCGACCAAGGGAGCAGCCCAGCGCAAAACUCUCGCGCGCUGGUUGUCCAUGCGCGCAUAUUGGAGUUGUAUCGUCAACUUGACCUGGCUGACGAGCUCCUAAGCCAUGGAUACAAACUCCCAGCAACCAACGUUUGGGUGAAUGGUCAACACUGUGCCCGCAUACCGCUUGGUGAAUUCGGUAACGGAAUGACGCCGUACCCAUUUUUGCUGAUUAUACCACAAGACAAACACGAGGAAAUACUCGAAAAACGUCUUAACUCACUCGGAAUCUUCGUGGAGCGGCGUAAAAAACUUGAGAAGUUUUCGGAUGAUGGAUCAGGGAUCUACGCGACUCUCGUCAGUGAAGACGAUGGGGCAAAGUCCACCUGUGAAAGUGCUUACAUCGCUGGCUGUGAUGGAGCUCACUCGGCGGUUAGACAUACGAUAGGCGCCAAGUACGAAGGAGAGACCUACGCGCCAUAUUUCUACAUUGCCGAUGUAGAGACUGAAGAACAAGAAAGCCCUUUUUACAAUGGAGAGGCCCACCUGACAUUCGCCGACAAUUCAUUCAACCUAAUAAUUCCGCUCGCACAAGAAAGACGCAUACGUCUGAUUGGGACUACUAUACCCAAAGGCAGUGAUCAGCCAAUCGAUGAGUCUCAUCCUACUCCAGAACUGACUUUAGAGAGCGUGCUGCCGAACAUCAAGAAAACAUCGGGCAUAGAAAUCAAGAACAUCAAUUGGUUCUCUGCCUAUCGCUGUCAUCACCGAGUUGCCGAAAAUUUCCGCAAGGGUCGUGCGUUUCUUGUGGGUGAUGCGGCUCACAUUCACAGUCCUGUGGGUGGCCAGGGUAUGAACACUGGAAUAAUGGACGCCAUCAACUUAGCAUGGAAACUCGCCAGCGUCAUCAAGCAACCCUCAAUGUUAGAGGAGUCAAGAAAUAAGCUUCUUGAUUCCUAUCAAUCCGAACGCCGCUCGUUUGCACUAAGUGUCGUUGGUGCGACUGACCACGGUUUCACGGUUCUCACGAGUCCAAGCUUCUUUUCGCAUAUGCUCCGCACCUGGAUAAUCCCAUAUCUUGCUCCGAUAGUCACCAGAUUUAAAUCUACGCGCUCUGAGAUCUUUCGGCGUGGCUCCCAGCUCGUCUGCUCAUACCGAGACAGCCCUAUCAACCAAUCUUAUACAAAAGGGGGUACACUUCAGCCUGGUGAUCGCCUUCCGUGGGCCGAGACCGAAACAAGUGACAAUUUUUCGACGCUUACUGGUAUCUCCUGGCAAGUGCAAGUGUAUGGUGAAGAGUCACAGGUUCUUGCGCAGUGGUGUCGGAAAAGGAAUGUCAAACUCACUAUUUUCAAAUGGGAAUCAAGACAUGACCAGGUUGGACUGAAGAAGGAUGUCGCUUACCUACUACGCCCGGAUCAUUACCUUGCAGGCAUUUUUGAUCGGGAUCUUGAGUCCGAGAUGGAUGAUUACUUUUCAUCUCGCGGCCUUCAGUACUUGAACCCUAGAUGA